CCUAGAAAGCGCUCCGGCGGGAAACGCGGCACCGGCGGGAGCGGGGCGGGGGUGCCGGGACUCGCCGGGACCCCCGAACGGGGUGCUGCGGCCUCGGGGAUCCCCCGGCACCGACAGCCGGCCUCCGGGCAGCCCCGCGGCAUCAGGGAUGCUCUUCCGGCCACCGGUGCCGAGGCACAGCUCCUAGCGAGCCUGACACCGCCGGCGGUUCGGUAGAAUGGAAGCCACGGAUGUCCCCAUGCCUGUCCCCAUCCAUGUCCCUGCGCUGGCCACAGAGCGGAGGUUCGCCCAGCGCCUCAGGGAGUGUCUGGAGCAGCAGCGGCUGUCGGACGGGCGGUACCGGCUGCAGCGGCUGCCGGGGGGCCGCGUGGCCCUGCCCGUGCUGCAGGAGAAGCUCUCCCAGCUCUGCCUGCCCCCGGAGGUGCCCUGCGAGCUGCUCCGGAUCCAGGACCCUAUCCCCUCCAGGGCCGCCCGCCGGCGCUCGCCUGCCCAGAGGCUGCGGGAUGAGCUGCGGCCGCUGCUGGGGGAGAGCUGGUCCGAGGAGCUGGAGCGGGAUGUGCCGCACGCCUGGCAGCGCCACGGGGACCUGGUCCUGCUGAGCCAGGACAGCUUCAGGGCUGCGGCGUGGGAGAGGCUGGGCUCGGCGCUCUGGGACACGGUGGCCUCGGCUCUGGGGGCCCGGCGGGUGGCCAGGCGAGGCCGGGUGAUGCCGGACGGGAUGCGGACCCCCAGGGUGACCCUGCUGCUGGGCCAGCACGGCUGGGUGGAGCACGUGGACAACGGCAUCAGGUACACCUUCGACGUGACCAAGUGCAUGUUCUCCCCGGGAAACAUCACGGAGAAGCUGCGUGUGGCCUCCCUGCCCUGCUCCGGGGAGGUCGUGGUGGAUCUCUAUGCAGGCAUCGGCUAUUUCACGCUGCCAUUCCUGGUGCAUGCGGGAGCUGCCUUUGUCCACGCCUGUGAGUGGAACAGCCACGCCGUGGAGGCCCUGCACAGGACCCUGCUGCUGAACGGGGUGCGGGAUCGCUGCCACAUCCACGCCGGGGACAGCCGGCAGCUGCAGCUGCAGGAUGUGGCAGACAGGGUGAACCUGGGGCUGAUUCCCAGCUCGGAGCAGGGCUGGCCGGCGGCCUGCCGCGUGCUGAAGAAGGACACGGGUGGGGUUCUCCACAUCCACCACAACGUGGAGACUGCCCCUGCCCUGCUGGCUGAGCGGGGCUCUGCAGAGGCAGCCAGCCCUGCGGGAGAGGCACAGCACCCAGCAGAGGACGGUGGGGAGGAGAUGCUGGGGGCCAGGCUCAGACCCCAGUGGCAGCAGUGGGCUGAAGGCACGGCCACACGGAUCCAGGGGCUGCUGGCAGAGCUGCAUGGGCGGCCGUGGCGCACCAGCGUCCUGCACAUCGAGGCAGUGAAAUCCUACGCACCACACGUGCAUCACCUCGUGCUGGACCUCGAGUGCCGGCCAGUGCUGCCCCUUUAGCUGGGCAUGGGCACUGCUGGGGCUCCAGUUCCUGUGGAAAGGUGGUCUCAAGCACCAGGGGCAGGGAGAUGCUACCAGCAGUGUCCUGCUACCUGCCUGGAUGUGCCUUAUGUCCCCUGGUUCCCAAGUGGCAGCAGUGCCUCUCCAUGCCCAGGUCACCCAGGGCUGUGCUCCUGUGGCAGAUCCCUUCAGGAUCCACACAAGGAUGGAGCAAGCUGGGGCUCAGUGCCAGUGUUCUGCCCUGGCUCUGCCAGUCAUUGCCCAGGUCUUGGGUACAUGGUAGCACCUUGAGCCCCAUUUUCACACAGGAGAGAGCCACAGUGCUGAGAAGCCUUGGAUGCCUGCUGGGCUCAUUUCAGCAGGUCAGGGACAAGCUUUGUGCUUGUAUUUACUAGCAUUGCUUUUUUAAUGUACUGGAAACAAGUCUGUUCAUCUUGUUUCCUUCUUGUCCUGUUUCGGAAAUAAAGAUAUUUCUCACACCU